UUGACACCCAUCCCACCAGGAUCUCAGCCCCCGUUCUCAGGCUCUUCUCUCCCCUCUCCAGGUCCUGCUAGCGAGUCAUGAUGGUUGAAUCUGCCUCGGAGACGAUCCGCUCCACGCCCUCGGCGCAGAACGGGGUGAGCAGCCUGAGCAAUCAGCCCGAUGCCGGCGGCGGGGGCGGCAGCGGGGGCGGCCCCGGGGGCGGCGGCCGCGACGGAGCCGCCGGAGCCGAGGCCAACGGAGAGAUGAGCCCCGUGGAGCUCCUGCACUUCCAGCAGCAGCAGGCUCUGCAGGUGGCUCGGCAGUUCCUGCUGCAGCAGGCCACAGGGCUCAGCUCCCCCAGCAGCAAUGAGGGCAAGCAGCCAGCGGUGCAGGUCCCCGUGUCCGUGGCCAUGAUGUCCCCACAGAUGAUCACGCCGCAGCAGAUGCAGCAGAUCCUGUCCCCACCCCAGCUCCAGGCCCUCCUGCAGCAGCAGCAGGCAAUAAUGCUGCAACAGCUGCAGGAAUACUACAAGAAGCAGCAGGAGCAGCUUCACCUGCAGCUGCUGACCCAGCAGCAAGCCGGAAAGCAGCAACCCAAAGAGCAGCCGUUGGGGAACAAGCAGCUGGCCUUCCAGCAGCAGCUCCUGCAGAUGCAGCAGCUCCAGCAGCAGCACCUGUUAAACCUGCAGCGCCAGGGCCUGGUGAGCCUCCCGCCGGGGCAGGGCACGGUGCCCCUGCAGAGCCUGCCCCAAGCUGUUUGUCCCUCAGACCUCCAGCAGCUCUGGAAGGAGGUCACGGCCGCCCAGCCCGUGGAGGACAGCAUUAAGCAGGAAGGUCUUGACCUCACCACCAACACCUCCAACUCUACCUCGUUUUCGGCCGCCAAGGUCUCGCCUCCCAUUUCCCACCACCCUCUGCCCAAUGGACAGAGCACCAUGCACACGCCCAGAAGGGACAGCUCUUCCCACGAAGAGACCCCCGGCUCCCACCCGCUCUAUGGCCACGGAGAGUGCAAGUGGCCUGGCUGCGAAACCCUCUGUGAGGACUUGGGGCAGUUUGUCAAACACCUCAACACAGAACAUGCACUUGAUGACCGGAGCACGGCCCAGUGUCGAGUCCAGAUGCAAGUGGUACAGCAGCUGGAGAUACAGCUGAACCUGGUCUCCAGCGCCAGCCUCUCCAAGAGCACUUCUGACACGUUUCCUGACGGUUUACCUCAUCCCCCCACCUCGGCCACGGCGCCCAUCACCCCCCUGCGGCAGGGCCCCUCCGUCAUCAGCUCUUCCACUUUACACAACGUGGGGCCCAUCCGCAGGAGGAACUCGGACAAGUUCUGCACCCCAAUCUCUUCAGAGCUUGCACAGAACCACGAGUUUUACAAAAACGCCGACGUCCGGCCGCCCUUCACGUACGCCUCGCUCAUCCGGCAGGCCAUCCUGGAGACCCCCGACAGGCAGCUAACGUUGAAUGAAAUCUAUAACUGGUUCACGCGGAUGUUCGCCUACUUCCGGAGGAACACGGCCACCUGGAAGCCACCCCGUGCACGUGAAGGAGGAGCCAGCUGAGGCCGAGGAGGACAGCAGACCCGUGUCACUGAUGGCCACCACCAACCAGAAUGUGACGAUCGCCGACGACAGGGACCUGGAGGAGGAGCUGCCGGUGGAGGACUUGUCCUAAGGACUCCUUCCUCCUCCCCCAGCCCGGGGCAGACCCUUCCCACCCUCCUGGACGGAGACCACGCCACGCUCCCACCUCCCCAAGGUGACCUUGGCGCUGUCCUGGUUCUUUCAAGGCACUUCCACAAAGCAAAAGGGUUUUCCUUGGGACGAUGACAAUGACAAUGGCACCGACCUGUUGCUGCUGGCGUGUCCCUCACGCUGCCACUGCCUGGGGACGGACUGGCCCCACCACGACAUGGAAGCAAAACCCCAAGAGCUGGACUUUUCCUGCCCUCCUGCCUUGGUUAGUGACUGGUGGAUGAGGAUGGUGGGUUGGUUGUUCCUGUCCAGAAUGGUCCCUCCUUCCUUCCUUCCUGCACGGAAGGCACCUCUGUCCCCUGAGCCCUGGGGAGCCGUGGCAGGGCCCUGCUGUCACCUCUGUGUCCCCCAGUGGGCUUUGCACUACGGAGGGAUCGUGGACCCUGCCCACGUGCUGCCUCCACCCAGCUUUGGGGGAAGAAACAGCAGAAACGGGGCUGAGUCCGUGCAGGGUGUGGGGUUUGGCACGGAGCUGGGAUGGACACCGAGCGGUGCAGUGCUGGGACCGUGUCCCUUUGUCACCUCUGCGGGGCAAGCAGAGCAGCCUCCAGGCUUGGCCACCCUCCCUGAGCCCCAGCUGGAGGGGGGCUGCUGGCCACAGCCGUGCUGACCAGCCCAAUAGUGCUGACCAGCAGUGCUGACCAUUCCCAUCAGUGCUGACCACCCCAAUAGUGCUGACCAGCAGUGCUGACCAUUCCCAUCACUGCUGACCACCCUGUCAGUGCUGACCAUCCCCAGGAGCACUGACCAGCAGUGCUGACCAGCAGUGCUGACCAUUCCCAUCAGUGCUGACCAUUCCCAUCACUGCUGACCAUUCCCAUCAGUGCUGACCAGCAGUGCUGACC